AUGGGAGACCAAAAGUUUGUAACUGGCGCAACUCCAUUUUCCUACGGAGAUAUGGACCAAGCCCCCGAUUUGUGGGAUUGGAGAGAAAAAGGGGUUGUCACCAAUGUGAAAAAUCAAGGAAAGUGUGGAAGUUGCUGGGCUUUCGCUGCCGUGACAGCUAUUGAGGGUAUCAACUACAUAAGGACAAACAAUUUGGUAUCGUUGUCUGCACAAGAACUAAUUGACUGCAGCGCCAAUGAUAAUGGUUAUGCAGGAGGUUUCCCAAGAAGCGCUUUCGAAUUUAUAAAAAAGAAUGGUGGAAUCACCACCGAAGAAAACUACCCGUACAAAGCUAUUCAAGGAGAAUGCGACCCAUCAGCAAAAGGUGUGAGAGUAACAAUUGACGGAUAUGGAUAUGUACCUCCAAACGACGAGAGAGCCCUCCUCAAGGCUGUUGCAAGCCAGCCUAUAUCGGGAGUGAUUACGAAAAACUGUGGAACAACUUUGACCCAUGCGAUGACAGUGGUCGGGUACGGGUCGGACCUAGAUGGAAGAAAGUAUUGGAUUGCGAAAAAUUCAUACGGUCCACAUUGGGGUGAGGGAGGCUAUAUCAGGAUCGAGAGAGAUACUGUUAAUUCGGAAGGACGCUGUGGGAUUGCGAUGAGCCCUUGGUACCCACUCAAGUUUCCUAUCCGUUGA